GCGCGACCCUGUACCUGCUGUUGCCCAUGCAAGGGAAUGGCUUUGCAAGUCAAGUGGAGAGGAUUCCUACGUCUGAUUCGCAAUCUCUUUCCAGUAAAGUCUCCUCCAGAGGUCAAUGGCGGACAGAGUAGAUUACCCAAGCUGAAGAAGUCAGUCUUGCUACUAUCCUUCAAUGGGCAAGGCUACAAAGGCAUGCAAAGAAACCCCAACUGUCCAACUAUUGAAGGCGCCUUGUUUGAAGCACUAACUAAGGCCGGGGCCAUUCCUCCUGAUGUCGAGCCUAAGAAAGUGAACUACCAGCGAUGCUCGAGGACAGAUAAAGGAGUUUCUGCAGCCAGACUUGCAGUAUCUCUCAAGAUGGUAUAUGACCGUAGCCUGAUUCCACGUAUCAAUGACCACCUCCCAGACCAGAUAAGAGUGUUCUCAAUGACAAGAGUUACCAAAUCCUUCCACAGUCGUUUCUAUUGCAAUGAGAGAGCGUACGAAUAUGUGAUGCCUACCUAUGCACUACUGGCUGCUAACAACUCUGCAUCUACCAUGCUGAACUACAGAAUAGACGACACAACCUUUGAACAAGUAAACAGACUUCUGCAGUAUUACGUUGGCAAGCACAACUUCCACAACUUUACAUCUGGCAGAUCUUACAAGGAGUAUGGUUCAAGAAGGCACAUUAUGUCAUUCGAGGCGUGUAAAAAGUUUGUGGCUAAGACCGGUUGCAAAACGUGUGGUGAUACUAAAGAGAUGGAGUUCAUUGUGUUGAGAGUUAGAGGCAGUAGCUUCAUGCUUAGCCAGAUCCGAAAGAUGAUUGGUCUAAUAGUUGCCGUGGUUAGAGGAAACACAUCUGAAGAAACUAUUCUUAAUGCUUUCAAUGAAGACAAAGUACAUGUCCCCCGUGCACCAGGUUUGGGACUGCUCCUAGAGAAUGUUCGAUUUGAUGGUUACAAUCGUCGGUUUGCCAUGGAUGGGUCUCGAGAGCCUCUGGAGUGGAGCCAACACAAGGAGGAGAUAGAGCAGUUCAAGAGAGAGCACAUCUACCAAACCAUCAUUGACACUGAAGUCAACAAAAUGUCGCUACAAGUUCAUUCAAAAUGUGCAUUGCAAUCAUUAUUUUGCAUUAAAACUGGUAAAGGGUUGUCAAUCUCUAAUCUGCAAAAAGAUAUCCACAUGGCCAUGGCUGAAGGUAAAGAGGUAGCUGUAGGAUCAGGACUGGAGCUCCCAGAGUCCAAGAGGCCUUGCUUGAGGGAGGACCCAGUGGCAGGAGAGAAGCCUCAUGAACAGCAAGAGGGACCUUGUUUGAGGGAGAACCCAGUGGCAGGAGAGAGGCCUCAUGAACAGCAAGAGGGACCUUGUUUGAGGGAGGACCCAGUGGCAGGAGAGAGGCCUCAUGAACAGCAAGAGGGACCUUGUUUGAGGGAGAACCCAGUGGCAGGAGAGAGGCCUCAUGAACAGCAAGAGGGACCUUGUUUGAGGGAGAACCCAGUGGCAGGAGAGAGGCCUCGUGAACAGCAAGAGGGACAGACAGUUGAUAAAUCUGGUGGAAAUUUUGCAAAGAGGAGAAAAGUUAUUUUACUGCUGUCAUACUGCGGCCAAGGUUACAUGGGAAUGCAGAAGAAUCCCGGUGUUAAGACCAUAGAAGACGAUUUGCUGGAGGCCAUGUCGAAGGCGAAGGCGUUUCCUCCAGAAAUGAAAACCAACUUGGGACAGCUCAAGUUCCAACGCUGUGCCAGGACUGACAAAGGUGUUUCUGCUGCAAGACAAGUAGUGUCUCUCAAGAUGGUAUUUGAGCCCGAGCUGGUCCCUGUCAUCAACGCCCACCUUCCCCACAAGAUACGAGUCAUUGCCCUCAUGAGAGCAACUAAGAGCUUUGACUCACGACACAACUGCAGUGGGAGGAGUUACGAGUACCUAGUGCCAACCUACGCCUUUGCUCCCUUCAGACUCACAGCUCUGGACUACAGAAUAGACGAUGAUACAGUUGCUCUGGUGGAGAAGCUGCUUCAGGUUUAUGUUGGCACGCAUAACUUUCACAACUUCACAUCUGGGAAGAAGUUUGAGGAGAGCUCUUCCAAACGCUACAUAAUCUCAUUCAAAUGUGGCGAGAAGCAUUUGGCCAAGUGUGGGAGUGGUAAAAAAAAAGGAGUAGACGUUGAAUUCAUCCCACUGCAGAUCAGAGGUCAGAGUUUCAUGAUUCAUCAGAUCCGCAAGAUGAUAGGGCUGAUUGUUGCCGUGGUGAGAGGCCAUGCCCAGGAGGAGAUCAUGACGAGGGUGUUCAAGAAGCCCAAGGUGGACAUCCCCAGAGCCCCCGCCCUCGGUCUACUGCUGGACAAUGUCCACUUUGAUGGUUACAAUCGUCGGUUUGCAAAGGAUGGGUCUCGAGAGCCUCUGGAGUGGAGCCAACACAAGGAGGAGAUAGAGCAGUUCAAGAGAGAGCACAUCUACCAAACCAUCAUUGACACUGAAGUCAACGAAAUGUCUAUGAUGCAAUGGCUACAUUCGCUGAGGAUGCACGACUUUUCCUCCACUGCCAAUAGAUUACUUCAUGCAGUGACUGAGUCUGUUGCUACCCAACCACCAGCAGUCAAGGCUGGCCAGAAACAAGUAGAGUCUGUUACUACCCAACCAGCAGCAGUCAAGGCUGACCAAGAACAAGCAGAGUCUGUUACUACCCAACCACCAGUAGUCAAGGCUGGCCAAGAACAAGUAGAGUCUGUUACUACCCAACCACCAGCAGUCAAGGCUUGCCAGGAACAAGUAGAACCACUAAAGUCUACUGAUCAAUCUGUAGAACCUAAAGAGGACAAUAGUAGUGCUCUUAUUGCCUCUAGCACUGACAAUAGUAUGGUCACAGAUGUGCCUUUGAGUUAAAACAAACGAUGCUUUCAGUUUUGUAUGACUUGUUGUCAAUACCGUUACAUUUUUCAUGACUCUUGUUUGCAUAAUUAUUCUGAUUGUGCCACUCUUUUCACAA